AUGACUGCACAUUUCAGUGAUUUUGGUUUGGCGAGGCUACUUUUAGAACCUGACGACAUUUCAUCCCAGGCUCAAACUAGUACCAUUGGGAUAAAAGGAUCUAUUGACUAUGCUGCUCCAGAUUUGUCGAUUUCUCUUGGUAUUUCGCUCAGAGGGGGCUCUCCUACGGUGGAUCUGAAGAGGCUGGUCUUCUUCCUACGACAGAAGUACUCCGCAACCCAUAGCUUCCAUGGUGAAAUCCCUCAAGAGAUUGGUAAUCUGAUUGGACUAAAAGAUAUUCUCUUCAACAACAACAAUCUCGAAGGAGAACUUCCUACCAGCUUGGCCCACUGUACUCAUCUAAGAGAAAUCCACAUCACCCGUAACAAUCUUGUCGGAAAGAUUCCGAUUGAACUGUUUACGUCUUUGUCAAAGCUGGAGAUAAUUGCUAUUAAUUUUAAUGGCUUAACAGGAGAAAUACCAGCUUCGUUUGGGAACAGGUCAUCUGUUCGAGUUAUCCCUUUGAGUGGGAAUGGAUUGCAUGGGAGCAUUCCAAAAUCCUUUGGUCAGCUAACAAACUUAUACUUUCUAUCAUAUCACUUUCUCAAAACAAGCUAUCUGAGUUUGAAUUUAUCCUUCAAUAAUCUUGAGGGGGAGGUCCCAACAAAAGGAAUUUUUAGAAAUGCAAGUGCAAUUUUGGUGAAUGGAAAUGAUAAGCUAUGUGGGGGAAAUGUUGAGUUACAUCUACCUGCUUGCAAAAACCCUGGAUCUACAAAACGAGAAAAGUCCAAUGUUUUUAGAAUAGUUCUGGUGAUAAUCGGUGUGGUUCUUGGUGUUCUUUUGAUAUCUUCCCUUCUUAUUUAUUUUUGGAUAAGAAGAUCAAGAAGUAAACCUCCAUCCACACCAUUAAUCGGUGACCAGUUCUUAAAGCUAUCUUACAAAGAGCUCUUCCAAGCUACUGGUGGCUUUUCUUCAGCUAAUUUCAUAGGUUCUGGUAGUUUUGGCUCUGUAUACAAAGGGAUUAUUGACCAAGAUGACACUAUUGUUGCAGUAAAGGUACUCAACCUUCAAAAUCCAAGAGGUUACAAGAGCUUUAUGGCCGAAUGUGAAGCAUUAAGAAACAUUCGACAUCGAAAUCUUGUCAAGAUUUUAACUUCAUGUUCAAGCCUUGAUUCAAAAGGCGAAGAUUUCAAAGCCCUUGUUUAUGAGUUCGUGCCCAAUGGGAGUCUAGAUGAUUGGUUGCAUCUGUCGGUGGAUGUACAUAAUCAUUCAAGGAAUUUAAGUCUUCUUCAAAGAUUAAACAUUGCAAUUGAUGUGGCUUUUACAAUGGAUUACCUUCAUUACCACUGCUAUGCGGCAAUUGUUCAUUGUGACUUGAAGCCAAGCAAUAUUCUACUUGACAACGAUAUGACUGCACAUGUCAGUGAUUUUGGUUUGGCGAGACUACUUUUAGAACCUGGCGACAAUUCAUCCCUGACUCAAACUAGUACCAUUGGGAUAAAAGGAUCUAUUGGCUAUACUGCUCCAGAAUAUGGCUUGGGUGGAAGGGCAACUAUACAGGGGGAUGUGUUUAGCUAUGAGAUCCUUUUAUUGGAGAUGUUCACGGGAAAAAAGCCAACGGAUCAGAUGUUUACUGAUGACUUAAUUCUCUAUAACUUUGCAAAGGCGGCUUUACCUGUUUACGUGAUGCACAGUUUAGAUCCCAUACUCCUACCCGAGGAAGAACAUAGAGAAGAAAUUCAAGAGGGUGCUAUCAAUAGAACUGAAGGUUCAAGUCAUAUGAUAAAUAAAUUGCAAGAUUGCAUAACGUCAAUAAUUGAAAUCGCACUUCAAUGCUCAAUGGAAUCGCCAAGAGAACAUAUGCAGAUGAACGAUGUUGUGAGGGAACUACAUUUAAUCAAGAAAAAUUUUCUUAAAGCAUAA